AUGGGUCAUAGCGUUAAAGAGAAUGAUCAGAUUGAGGAUAACACGUACAAUCAAUAUAUAGGAAAUACAGAUAUACCUGAUGAUCAAGUAAUAGAAUCAAUCUUUUUAGAAAAGAAAACACUACAUGCAGAUGAUGCAGUUGAUUAUGAAGACAUAGAUGAAUUGGCCGAGGAUGAAUUACCUGAGGAAGAGGAACCAACAAAUCAGAUAGAUGAUGAAGAAUUUGAUCAAUUAUUGUAUGAUGGACCUAUUGAUUCUACGGGAACAGAUGCCAACAAUCUACUAGAUACCAGAGAAGAAACUAAGGCUCAGGAAUUUGCAGAUGAUCAAUUUGAUGAAAUGUUUGGCGUUGAAUAUCAAGAUGAUAAUGAACAUUUUAACAAUUUGGAGUCUAAUAAUCAAUAUGCUGAAGAUGAACAAGACUUGGGAGAUAUAUUUCUUGAUGAUGAAGAGAGUAAAAGACAAAAGGAAGAAUUAGAGUUAAAACAAAAACAAGCAACAGAAAAAUUGAAGAGUGUUAUUGCCAAAUUAGAGGAACGACGGAACAAAAGAAAUUUAAAACAUUAUUUCCCAUCAUUUUCAAGGGACCAACCGUUGGAUUUUCAUAAAUUAUUAGCAACUGCCCCCAAAUAUUAUAGAUAUAAUAAACCAUAUUUAGCCUCACAUAAAGUAAUCAAACCUUUAGUUCCCACAAAAGUCAAUUUAGAAAUUGAUGUUGAUCAAAGAAAAUUAUAUAAACAACCUUUAACUCCAUAUAAUCCAUUAAAAAAUACAACUAGUAUAACACAGAACGAUCUAGAUUUCAUUAAAAACUUACAAAUAAAAAGCUCAUCGAUUGACUCUUUCAUAAAACAACUUGAUUACGUAAAACGAGAUUGGCUGAACGAUGAUAAGUUUCAAAACUAUUCCAAAGAUUUAAUAUUGUCAACUACUGAUUGGGAUGAUGAAGCCAUUUUGAAUGCAGGAGAUACGAAUUAUACAAUCAAACCAAUUAAGGAGCUUGAUUUCAAAGUAUCACUGGAUGAUGAACUAGAUGAAGAUAUAUUUGAUGGUCAAAUUAAACUUGAUAAAUUAAAACUUGAUAUGAAUGAUCCAAAUCUACUAUUUGUUCCAACUAAACCCAAAAAGGAAAUGAAAAAUUUACCACAUACUUCAAUCGAACGAAGAUUCAAUUUAUCUAAUGAUAAUGAUUAUGAAAUUUUACGAAGAAAUUACAACACAAAACAAAGAUCACAAUUAAGUAAUUUAAAUAUUGAACAUUCUGUACCUGCUAUGAGAUUACAAACUCCAUUUUAUAAAGUCAGGUUGUCGAAAAUUGAGGCAAGAUCUCAUCAUAGACCUUUGUUUUACGUAAGACCUGGUACCUUAAUGAGUUUUUCAAAAUUGAAAUUAAGGAAAAGAAAAAAAGAUAAAGGAAAAGCAUUACAUGAAGUGUUUUCUAAAACGACUGAUUUAACAACUUCAGAUACAGCAAAUAUAGUUGCUUUGGAAUAUGCAGAACAAUAUCCAUCGAUCUUAUCUAAUUUCGGAAUGGGGUCUAAAUUGAUUAAUUAUUACAGAAAAGAAAGAGCAGAUGAUAAUUCGAGACCAAAAGCACAAGUUGGAGAAACUCAUGUCUUAGGUAUUGAAGAUAGAUCACCAUUUUGGAAUUUUGGAGAAGUUGCUCCUGGUGAUUUUGUACCUACAUUAUAUAAUAAUUUGGUUCGAGCUCCAAUAUUUCGACAUGAACCAAAAAAUACAGAUUUUUUAUUAGUUAGAUCUCAAGGUGCUGGUUCACAUCAAAAAUAUUAUAUGAGACCAAUUACAUUUAAUUUUGCUGUUGGAAAUACAUUUCCUGUUGAAGUUCCUGCUCCUCAUUCAAGAAAAGUUACAAAUAUAUCAAAAAAUAGAUUAAAAAUGAUUGUUUAUAGAGUAAUGAAUGCUAAACAAGCACCACGUAUUGCAGUUAAAGAUGUUUCAAAACAUUUUCCAGAACAAAGUGAUAUGCAAAGUAGACAAAGGUUGAAAGAGUUUAUGGAAUAUCAAAGACUGGGAGAUGAUCAAGGUUAUUGGAAAGUUAGAGGUAUGAAUGAUAUUAUUCCUACAGAAGAAGAUAUACGAGCUAUGAUUACCCCAGAAGAUUCAACAUUAAUGGAUAUAAUGCAAACUGGCCAACAAAUUUUAGAUGAUACUCAAACUUUAUUUGGAGAAGAAUCAAAGGAAAAAGAAAAAGAAAAAAAGAAAAAAGAAGAAUCCGUUGAAGAAGAAGAGAGAAAAACCAAUAGAAAAAAGGAUCAAGAAGUUGAAAUUGAUGUUGAAGAAGAAUUGGCUCCAUGGAAUUUAUCAAGAAAUUUUGUAAUAGCAAAUCAAACUAAAUCUAUGUUACAAUUAAAUGGUGAAGGUGAUCCCACGGGUAUUGGAUUGGGGUUUUCAAUGUUAAGAGCUACUCAAAAAAAUGGGUUCAAACCAUUAUUUCCACAAUCACAAAAUGAAGCAAUACCAAAAAGUAACGCAGCAGCACAUCAACAAAAACUUUAUGAACAAGAAAUUAAAAGAAUCUGGUAUUCUCAAAGAAGUUCAUUAGUAGAUCAUGGAGCUGAUUUUGAUUUAAAUCAAAUUUAUAAUGAAUAUAAACCAGCUAAUCAUGAACAAAUUGAAGAAAUUAAAUUAAAAGAUCAAGAAAAAUUUGAUGAAAAUAAAAUAUUAAGAAUUACAAGAAGAGUAAGAGAUCAAAAUGGUGUAGUACAAAGAAAAGUACAAGUUAUAAAUGAUCCAAGAUUAAUUCGUGCUUAUGUAAAAAGAAAGAAAUUAUUAGAAGAUGAAUUAUUAAGAAGUGCAGAUGUUGAUGAUAUUUUACCAACUAAUGAUAAAGAAUUAAAUAAAAUUCGUAAAAAGGCAUUAGAAGAAAAAUUAGCUAAUUUAGAAAAAAGAGCAAAACAAAGUAAAGCUAAAAAACCACCAAAUGAUUCUAUUCAUGCUGCUGCUGCUGCUGGGGCUACUAUAAUAGAUGCUAAUACUGUUAGAUUACCAGAUGGUUCAUAUGUUAUUGGAGGUAAAGGAAUUGGGAAAGGUAAUAGUACAACUAGAAGAUGUAAAUCUUGUGGUUCAUUUGGUCAUAUUAGAACUAAUAAAACAUGUCCAUUAUAUGAUCAAAUGAUUAAAGGUUUAUUACCUAAAAGACCAAACUUUGGAACUUCAAAUGGAACAAGUGGUAAUGCUGGAUCACCACCUACAACAGAACAAGAUACAGAAAAUAAUGUAAAUAUAAGUGGUGAAGCUACAGCUAUACAAUCACCAGCACCAGCUCCGCAAAUAUCAACACCUAAUCCGACUGAUAUUCAAAUGUCACCAUCUUCGAAUUAA